AUGUUGGGAAGGGGGGGGGGAGAUAUGGGUGUGGUGGUUGUUGUGGAAAGCUUGGCUCUUUCUCGUGUGUGUUUGAUUGUGUGUGUUUGGAUGGUGGAUAUAUGGUGGGGGGUGAUGUUGGUAUUUGGAAAUGGGGGGGGGGGAGGGUUUGGGGGGGUGGUGGUGUGUUUAUUUGGGGGGGGGGUGUGGGGUGGUGGGGUGUUUGAUGGGGGUGGUGUGGGGGUUGGUUGGGGGGGUGGUUUGGUGAGUGGUUUGGGGUUUUUGUGUGGGUGGUUUAGGGGUGGUUGGAAGGUUUGA